AGCAAUAAUGCGGCUGCGGCUGCAUCUCAUCUGUACUUGUUGUAGGUCUUGUCUGUCUGCGCAAGCCACCAGCGAAUUCCACCGUCGCAUUCUCACCCACAGCUACGAUCCAAAAUGAUACUCUAGUGGUGAGACAACGUCUCUCACCAAAGCUCUCAAGCUCCCAUAGCCACAGCAAUGGCAAACCUUCUACCUUUCCGCGACAUCAACGUCCACGCUUCGACAAGCCACUAUGCCUUCACCUCACCCUCGACCCCCUCCGCGCCUACUCUCGUAGUGGAACGCCCGUCGGGAGAUAUCAGACUCAACGAUGGAGCCCUUCUAGGUGCCAAACGUGUCUCAAGCAUCGCGGGUAUACUAGGAAUCAUCAAGCUCAAGCUGGACAAGUAUGUUAUUGUCAUCACCAAAGCUCAGCCUAUGGGCAGGAUAAGAGGCCACAUGGUGUACAAGGUCGUGGCUACAGAGUUCCUCCCUUUGCGAGAGCGAGCAGUCCACGAUCCUGACGAGGACACAUACCUUUCCUAUGUCAAAAGCCUGAUUGCGGCUGGGCCCAUGUAUUUCUCCUACUCCCACGAUGUCACUUCCACCUUUCAACGCCAGUCACAGUCCGAUCUCUCACAACCAUUGUGGAAACGAGCUGAUGACCGAUUCUUCUGGAAUCGCUUCAUUCAGACCGAUCUUAUCGACUUCAGGACGGGAGGUGGAUCUGCAGGCGGACUGAGGGGUCAGCAGCAGCCAGGAGCUGAUCCAUUCAUCUUACCUGUCAUGUUUGGUAUGUUGGAGAUCAAACCAGCCACUAUCAAAUCGACCAGCUUCACAUUUGCUCUGAUCACGCGGAGAUCCAGAUUCCGUGGUGGUACCAGGUACUUUUCUCGGGGUAUCGACGAACAAGGUCAUGUCUCCAACUUCAACGAGACGGAGCAGAUCGUCAUCUUGAAUGAUGUCUCCGGCCAGCCGACGGGAUAUGCUGGCAGCCAGGGCGUGCAGAAGACUGGGCCACAGUCGGCCGAGACUCAAAUCCUAGCGUACGUCCAGACCCGUGGAAGUGUGCCCGUGUACUGGGCCGAAAUCAACGACCUACACUAUACGCCCAAACUCCAGAUUCGUGGCAUCGAGUCAGCUGUAGAUGCCGCACGCAAGCAUUUUGACGAACAGAUCAGAAUCUAUGGCGAAAACUACCUGGUGAAUCUAGUCAAUACGCGAGGAAGAGAAGAACGUGUGAAGAAGGCCUAUGAACAAGUGAUUCGAAUUCUCGUCAAGUCUCCAGAAGAGUCAGUCAAAGGCGGGCGGGAGACUGAUGAGAGGUUCCACGAAAUUCGCCCAGAUGAGCCAAGCCAGAAUAUGGACCGAUUGCAUUAUGUGUAUUUCGACUUCCACAAUGAAACCAAGGGGUUAAAGUGGCACCGUGCCGAACUUCUGCUGGACGAGCUGAUGGAUGGACUGAGGAAGGGUCAAUACUUCCGCGGCGUGGAACUGCCCGGCAAUCCGUCGGGUGCCCUUGAGAUCCGAUCAUUGCAGACCGCGGUCGUACGCACCAAUUGUAUGGACUGUCUCGACCGGACCAACGUCGUGCAAAGCAUGCUGGGCAGAUGGGCCUUGACCCAGCAACUCCAAGAUCUUGGUAUCUUGCAACAGGGAGAGAAGGCUAGCGACGAUGCUGCACUUGAAUUGCUGUUCCGCAAUGUGUGGGCGGACAAUGCGAACGUCGUGUCCAAGUCGUACUCUGGAACAGGCGCAUUGAAAACCGACUUUACACGCACCGGUAAACGGACAAGGGCCGGCAUGGCGCAAGACUUCAACAAUUCAGCCACUCGAUAUAUACGCAACAAUUUCUUGGACGGACCUCGACAGGACGGUUUCGAUCUCUUCCUCGGCACGUAUCUUCCGUCUACUUACGGUGUCGGGUCGUCCACGACGUUCAAAGACCCGAGGCCGCUCAUCCUACAAGCCAUUCCCUACAUCUUGGCGGCUUCGGUAUUCAUCAUUUUGACGGCCCUUCUUACUCGUCGUCCUCCUGAGGCUGCGGUGUGGCCACUGCGACUUUUCAUCGUACUUUGUAUGGUGGUUGCCGGGUGGUCUCUUCAGUUCAUUUAUUCGCAUGGUCCGAUCUACGUCAACUGGCCCAAGCUGAAUACACCUCCAUCGGCCACGGAAGCGUUUCAUGAUACUUUAGCGAGGGCUCAGAAGGACAAGAUCAUUGGACAUCUGAUUGCAGCGACUGGUGGAAGGGACCGAAGAUCUCGCAAUAUGAGUUUGGCCAACAUGGGCUACAUGGAAGAAGGGAAGAAGAGAACAGAAUAGAGUAUUGUUGGGAUGCCGAUCGUGACGAACAAUGCAAUGUAUGUAGCAUGGCUAGAUUAGACCAGCGAAUUGAGCAACAAUGAUUUCGGUCAAAGUUCCCUCCACCGACCAAGCUCGUAGCCACAUGUUGCAGUCCAUCUCCAAUCCCAAAUAUCUCACACAUCCACGAGCUACGGCAGUGAUAUAAGAUACCUAAGUUAGGUACUCAGAUCAGGUCUGGGGGUUGAGUGGGAUACUAACUUAAGGUCAACCCAACCUGCCUCAUCCAGAAAUAUGACAGACAGCCCGGCAAGACGGAACCGCUAGAUUUCCUCCAACAACAACCACCUCCCUUCUCUGACUGCUACUCGUUCUCAG